AUGACCACCGCACCAGCAAAUGCACCAAUGCCUCCCCACCGCUCCCAACUUACCCUCAUCGUGGCAGCCACACAAAACCUAGGCAUCGGCAAGAAUGGCACCCUCCCUUGGCCAUCCCUCAAGUCCGAAAUGGCCUACUUCGCACGCGUCACGAAGCGCCCGCCCCACUCCUCGCCGCCAGGAACAAAAAACGCAGUCAUUAUGGGUCGCAAAACGUGGGAGAGCAUACCCCCCAAGUUCCGCCCGCUCAGGGACCGCGUAAACGUCGUUGUCACGUCUAGUGGGCGACUGGCGGGUGUGGAGCCGGAGAAGGCGCGCGAGCAGGCUGUUGUGGUGGCGACGAGUCUGGAGGAGGCGGUGGGAUGCUUAAGACCAGCUGAUGAGAAGGAAGAUACAGGCACGGGAGAUGCCUCUACCAGCCUCCCGCCGAUCGGCAAAAUGUUCAUCAUCGGCGGGAGUAGCCUCUAUCGUGCGGCGCUGGACCUACCGCAAGCGAAACGCGUCCUGCUUACGAAGAUAUACAAGGACUAUGACUGCGACACUUUCUUCCCGCUCGAUUUGGAGGGCGAGGAGGGCAAGAGGCGAGGCUGGGUUAGGGCGAGCAAGGCGAAGCUUCAGGAGUUUGUGGGCGAGGAGAUUCAGGAUACUAGGAUGAGGGAGGGGGAUGUUGAGUUUGAGCUUUGCAUGUUCGAGAGGGGCUGA